GGCUACUUCUGACAAGGCUAAAGUCGCAUGAUAUGUGGAGAAAGGCAUCCCCACGGUUAGAUUAGAUUACAGUAUCAAUAUUCAUUUUUGCGACGAUUGAAAAUUUGCGAGAUUUAAAAUGCAAAGUACUCUACCUACAAAACGAAUUCAGGAUUAUAGACCAGGUUAUCCUCAGUUUUCUGCCCUUAUUUCGACCCAUGAAUCUUUUUUUUUAUGUCGACGCUUCCCCAGAUUACGUGCUCGAUUACUUCUUUUAAAACAAGACAAGUUGUCCUUGUUAGAACAGCGUCUGGAUGAAAUUGAUCAGAAUGAAGUGUGUCCUCUUUUUCUUGGUCAGAGUCGAUCCGAUAAGAAUGUAGCUCGCAGUGCCCUCUUGUCUGAAAUUGAAACAUCUCUAGCUGAAUAUGAUUCGUUUGUUGAAAGAACACAUCGCUUUCUGAAUAUCAAUGCUGCACAAGGAAGAGAAGUGCAGAGCUUGAGGAACUGGGUGAGUAACACAGGUAGCUUGAGUAGAGAAGAGACAGCAUACUUGACAUACGACAAGGAAUUAAUGUCUUUGGCUCCUCCUGGAGAUGAUGCAAUGAAACGGUCAGAGAAUUGGGUAGAGGAUGCACUCAUCAAGUUCUAUCGGGUUUUCCGAAAGGACUCUCUACAUAAUAUCUCGGAUGGUCCAAAUAUCUACAUCUAUUCUGGUUCCAUGAUCAAACACCUAGGGAGGAUCUUAGUUCUUUUCCUUACAAUAACUCUACUGCUGAUACCUAUCAUUGCUUGCGCCAGAAUUGACAGCAUUUCAACCCGAAUGAUGAUGAUCAUGAUUUCAAUAAUGUUGUUCCUAGCGAUCGUAUCUUGGUUAACAAAAUCGAGAACAAUAGAUUUGAUUAUGGCAGGGGCGACAUAUACUACAAUCUUGACUGUAUUUGUUUCUCAGACAAGUAGUAGCUAGGAAAACUGCUUCAUGCCUCAAAAAGACAAUGCCUGUUGGGGCUUGCUACAAAUAAAUCGAGACUCCGUCGACGAUAGGUAUCCGCCACAAAUCAAGAUGCACGUUCGACUUGUUGUAACUUAAAAGGUUCUAGAGAUAGGAGGAAAAGAGAAAUUGAACUAUGUAUGCACUCGUUUCUAUAUAUCUAGCUAGAAACAAUCAACCAUCUCUGCCUUAAUUCGUUGUAGCCUUCA